CUCUCUUUUAGGGAAUAUGAAAUUAAGUUAUUUGAAGAUGUUAUUUUUGUUGGGUUGUAUCGUAUAUUUUGGCGAUAUCACAAGUCUCAGUAAUCAUUUUGUGGAUGCUAAAAUAUUUAAAAAUUUCAGCGAAUUUGAAAUUGAAGAACAACUUAAAGUCAUCAACAAACCUGCAAUGCAAAUUAUUAAGACUACACAAGGCGAUUUAUAUGGAUGUGUGGAUUUUUAUAAGCAACCAGCGUUUGACCAUCCAUUGAUGAAAAAUCACAUAUCCCAUUACAAGAUGCAGGAGUCACCAAUCCUACAAAAAUCAAGAUCAAAUAAUGAAAAAUUUGGUUACUUGUGGGAAAAUGGCAUAGGAUGUCCCAUUGGUACUGUACCCAUAAAGAGAAUUUCAAAAGAUGAACUCUUGAGACUUAAUAUGUUCUCUGAUAAAUUUAGGCCUCAAGGUUCUUGGAAUUUCACUUAUAGCCAAUAUAAUGUUAAUGCUAAUCAACAUCAUUUUGCAGUGUCUCGUACAAAGACAAAAGGAAAGAGUUACUAUGGAGCAGCAAUGAUAAUGACAGUAAAUGAUCCUAAAGUUGAAUUUGAACAGUACAGUUCAGCUCGUAUGCACAUUCAGAUUGGAGAUGAUUUUAUUCAAGCUGGUUGGACUGUAAACCCAAAGUUGUAUUCUGAUAAAAGAACUCGAACUUUUGUGUAUGCGAAGAUAGGUGAAAACCAAUGUUAUAACAACAUGUGUUCAGUUGGGAUCAUUAUGGUCCGUCCGGACAUUUCUCUGGGUAUGGAUUUAGGCCCUCCUGCGAUUCGUGGUUCUCCAGUAGGUGUAUAUUGUGAAUAUGGUAUAUUCAAGGAUAAGGCAAAUGGUAACUGGUGGCUCAAGUUUGGAGGACACGAUAUUGGGUAUUGGCCAGAAAAAAUAUUUCAGGAGAGUUCGGCCACUAAUAUCGAGUGGGGAGGAGAAGUAUAUAGUGCCAGUAUGCCGAGUCCUCAGAUGGGAAAUGGUCAUUUUCCAGUAGCACGGACAGGGUAUGAUGCCAUUAUAUUUAAUAGAACUAUAGUUGAUGAAAGUUUCAAGAUUGUUGAGAAUAUAGAUAGAGAGGCAUUUUCAGAUAACACUCGUGGUUAUAACCUGAUAGAUGGUACAUUUUCAGAGCCACAUAUGAUAAAUAAACUAAAUUAUGGAGGUCCUGGAAAUAUCUAAAAUUGAGAAGAUAAUUACUGUAAAAGUUAAAGGGAAAUCCUAAUAAAUAUAUUGUAAUCGAGCAACUAAAAAUUUAU